AUGACUGGGGUUGCUUUUGUGUCUUUAAGAACCAAUCAGCACUACAAAGCCAACAACUUUGGGAGCUGUCAGUGGCCAACACCUUCACCAGGUGCAUAUGCUGUACGGGAUUUUCUUGAAGAAGCCCAGCUCAACCCAGUGAAACCCACAUACAAUUUUAAAGGAGAAGGCAGAAAGAGACCUUCCAUCUUUCAUCCAAAAGUGGACCUUUCCAUUCCGGGUGUUUACACAUAUAUGCCUCCUAGUUUUACUGAUUUAGCAAGAAAAAGGCUAGCAACAUAUUCAUUUAAAAGCACGCCAAGGAAAAGUUCCAACACCUUAAAUUUCAGAGAUAAGGAUAUUGACCUUGCACCAGGACAAUACAACCUUCUCCCUCCUGAAGUUCCCAAGUUUUCAGCCAAGACUUCAGAAUUUCAGAGCACCUGCAGCUCUCUCAUUUAUGUACCUAAUCCAAAGUCCUUCAAGUCUCACAUUAACUCAGACCUUAAGUCAAGUAUUCUUGGGGUAGAAAUCCCUUAUUCCUUGUGCACUAACUUCCUAAAUGGAAGUUUGACUGGCCAAAAAGAAGGGCCAGGACCAGGUGAAUAUGAGAUAAAGAAGGAAGUGCUCCAUCCUAUAUGCUCAAGCUUCCAGUCCAAAGUGCCACGGUUGCUGCCAAUCCGUUCAAAAAUACCAGGUCCAGGAGCUUAUGAGCCCACAAGACACUUUCCAGAGCAACCACGGACUAUUGAGAGUCUAGGUAAAGAGCACAGCAUCUUCUUCAGCAACACACUUGGGUUUUAGAAU